AUGUCACACAGGUUAAAGUUACAGCCCUACCAGAACCCCAACAGUCCUGGCGUCUCGGAGGGCGGUCUGCGCAGCCAGGAGAGGACUCUGGCUGCGCUGCUGGAUCAGGCCUCCAGGAUCCAACGGGACGUGGCAGCAGGCCUGCAGGUCGAGGCACUGCCCCGCAAGCUGCUGGAGAGUCACAUACUGACCAUGACACACAUUGUGAAGCAGCUGAGCACGGACAUACAGGCCCUGCAGAGACAGAUGGCCCAGCGGGACUCCAUCACCUCUGGAACUGCAAUGGCUGUUCGAAGCCUGGACCAGAAGAGCGUAGCGGUCAUCGGAGACCUGCGAGGCCGAGUAGCCAGGUGCGAUGCCAGCAUCGCCACGCUGAGCGCCGACAUGAGCGGCGCCGAGCAGCGGCUGGUUCGACUGCAGCAGGAGACGGCAGAGCUCCGGUCAGCCGAGGACACGCGGCUCAAAGAGCUUCACGUCAAGCUCCAUCACGACCUGUGGAGGCUGGAGGCCUCGGUGGCAGAACAUUCACAGGAACACAAGAUCUCUCUGGCUGACCUGCAGACACAAGUUAGACUCCUGGAAACCAGGAUGUCAGGUGACCUGCAGGAGGCCCAGGAGAAGGCGGAUUCUCUGAGCGAGCGGACAGACCAACAGUUCCGCAGCUUGGCCCAGACGCGUGCGGCGAGCAGCCGGCAGCGCCGCACACAGCUGCAGGACAACAAGCUAGAGGCUGAUUCUAGAUCAGCUGCCCGGCUCCGGGCUCUGGAGGCCCGUGUGGAGCAGCUUGAGGCCCGGCGAGAUCAGACCCACCGCAGCCGGGCGGAGCGGCCCAAACGCUCAGGACCCACUCUCGGUGACAGAGAGACCUCAGCGGAGAGCAGCCUCCGUUGUGAGCUGCAGCUGCUCAAACAGGAAUACCACAAAGGGUUCCUGGCUGUGCAUGCUGCAAUUAAGUCCCUGAGGCAGAUAGGCGACAUCAAAUCCCGCCUCGACAAGGAGAAGCUUCAGAAGGACAUCAGCGAUGUCUGCGGCAAGCUGGCUCGAUGA